UUCAUUUUUUGUUGAGAGAAAAGUAGAACUGGCUUGCUUGAGCUAAGUUGGAGCGGAAUUUGGUAGUGUGACAUGGCAUCACUACAAGCGGGGUUUCUUCUUCUGCAGCCCGAUCUCGAUGUGCGAUGCACUCUUCUUUGCGGCUUUCUUUCAGCCGUGGAAGUAUUCCUCCUGCUAUUUCUGCCAAGGAAGAAUCCAAAAGGGCUUGUGCUUUCUCGUACAGUCUGCAGUACUGAAUGCUUCUGAAGUGAACGCAUYCAUAGGCUGGCUGUCCACUCAAACGUUCAACUCUAGUCGCCUCUCGACAACUGUCUAACUCACAUAUUGUGUAAACAGGUUGGGGUAUGUCGUUGGUGGCAUGUUGCCAGUGAAUAGGCUGUCCAGUACCACUAAACGAUCUGCUUACMAUAAAGAUACCCAAUUUAAUAUCUACACAUACCCCAUUUAGAUCUUUUCUGACAUGGAUUGCACCAUGAACUUUUCUUUUGUGYUGUUCUCUUACGUGACGUUGGAGAGCAGGUCUGUUCGAGAAUUAUCGUGUGAUGCCUCUUGUGUUUUUUAAACAUAGAAGAUUUCCUAUCCCCCUGUUUGGAGGUGUCCUGGUAGGUCUUUAUGGACGGAGGUUUGUUUGUCUAGUGAAUAUCGAGGAACAGUCGCAACAAUGCCAGUGACUCCUGUUCUUGCCAGUACAAUCCAAGUUACAUCGAAGAAUAGUCUUAUCUGUAAAUAUAUAGAGGUUUCAUGUACAAUUGACGAAGUAUAUCCGGAAAAGUAUGCUAUAUCUAAUUCGUGGAUUUCCUGUGGCAACACAUCAUUGCUCGGGAAACCCAAAUUAAAUCACCGAAGGUGUCAAAAAGCAACAAUAACAAUCCUUAUAAAGUAAACACAACUGCACCUCAACGUCGGAAAUCAACGAUAUCUCGAGAAAUCAAUUAAUACAAAGAAUAACUUCAAUUUUACUAUACCCCCAGUUCAGGUCAACAAUAGGAAUCCUAAUUACUCCUUGGUCAUAGCACUCUUGGGUGUCCAGUUUUCCCUAAAAGUUGGAGGUGUAAAUCGAUUUCAUUUGYAAAAGCACAUAACUACCCAACUAAUUUAGCUAGUUAAUGUCAAAUGAUUUAAUUCUCCAGCAAAUCCUUACAACUGGUCAAAUAACAAACAGUUUAACAGGGUCACGGAAGAACGCGAGUCUCUUUCAAAUUCUGUUAUGGUCUCUAAUUACACUUUUUUUAUAUAUUGUGAACAACAAGCUUGAAGCUAGCUUAUUAAGUGUGCUACAGUKAGUUAAAAAAGAAAAUUUUAUUCAACACCGAACACUUACCCUUAUGAAUAAMUUGGUCAUUCCAAUGACGUAUUUGAAAGUGAGUCUUCAGUUGACUUGCCUUUGUUCCCUUUUUUGAGGCGGUGGAACAAAGAUGGCAAUGAAAAAGACUGCCUCUGCAAGAACAUGAAGAAUUGCCACAUUUCCAAAACGAUAAUGGAAAGGAGGCGUUGUCRGCCAAUACAGAAAUAUGAGGGYCACGUGCUAGACAACUCUAUGGGUUAAMCGUGUCACCCUCCUUAAAUAAAGUUUAUUGUAUUGUAUUGUAUGGAUAUCUUCCAUUUGAAAUAAACUUGUAAUGACCCUGGCAGAUAGAACUARCUUUCACGAUAUAGUAGUUCACAAUUAUUGUGUUCCGACGCCGAAACAAACGAAGGAAUAAGUAAAAAGACAAAUGAUCACCACUAUGAAACGAAAACUYAUUAGAAUUACAUUAAAAUGGAUUUAAUGGACAUUAUUUUUGCAUUUUCAAAAGUAAUGUCUUUUGAAAAAAAAGAAAAAUCUCUCAUGUACAUGGAUUGACGUGAAAAAAGCCUUGGACUCCAUCAAUCACGAAUGGCUUGCUCUUAUACUGCAAAUGCAUAACAUACAUGUAGACRCAAAAUUCGCUGUAAUACUCGAUUUAAACAAUUUAAUCACAUCUUGAAAUUAAGUACAUCGAUAGGUAAAAAAGCUGUAAUGAAUAAGUAAAAAUCGGUUCACAACUGUGAAUAAAACAAAAGCUAAURUUAGACUAAUAUAUAAUGUGUAAUUAAAGGGAAAAAACGAGAGGAAAACUUACAUUAUAUCCCUUCUGCGGCUACACAUGGAUACACAAACUAAAUGUCUCACUGAAAUUUCCGGUUUUCAUGACCCAGAAUGCUUUGCGCGAAAUUCAAAAUGGCGGAAAAAUCGGUGCCUUUUGUGGGGAAAACAGAAAUUGGCAAAGAAAAAGUAAAAAAAAAAAUAACUGAAAAAGAUAUCAAUGUCCAAUUCCUUCUUUCUAUUGGUCAAAAAACAACAGGGACCAAUGAAGAAAUCAAAGAACGAGCCGAUCUUUUUAGAAAUCAGCCAAAACUUACAGAAUUUCUAGAGAAAGAGGUCAAAGCCAGAAAACAAACUUCGAACAUCUUUGGAAGAGAACUUGAUGGAAGCAAGAUCCCUUUGCCACAGGAACCUUGGAAAAUUGGACCUUUCCCCACUUUUACUGCAAAACAGUUAGAUCAAUAUGCACAAUCAAAGCUACCAGGUCGAAAGUCCAUGUUAGAAAAGGGUGAACGAUUUUUUAACAGUCGGAAAAUUGUCACUAUGCGAGUUUUGAGAAAGAAUGAUGAAACAUGGGUCAGGGCUUGGGUUAAACAAUCUUAUGGUGAAGUGCAAAGACCUGCCUUUGUUAAAUUUAACAAGAUAGGAUGUGCUGUGGGUGGAUCUUGCACAUGUACUGUUGGAGUCUCUGGAUUAUGUGCCCAUGUGAUCUCUGUGCUUUAUCAACUUAUUCACCAUACACAAACAGGUACCACAAAGAACUUGUAA